AUAACGUAUAGGAUGAUAUUGGGUUGCACAAAGGAUGAUGCUAGGUUUGGUUUGAAGGAGAUUGUUCACGAAAUUUCAUUGUUAACCGGGGCAUUUAACGUAGCUGAUUUUGUGCCCUUCCUCGGUCCAUUUGAUUUUCAGUUAAUGGUUGAAAUUUCUUUAUGAGAUCCAACGCCCAGCUGAAAGGUCCAUUUGCUGUUGAGCCGAGGGUUGGUCCUGUAAUAUAAAUGAGUCACUGAGCUUGUCAUGACCCAUAUGUUCCACUCUCUCUAAACUUCACAAAAUCCAGAAUGCCAGGAACAAUGAUUCCUUCAACAAUAAUGACCAUCCUCCUGGUUCUCCUCACAUGACUUUGGUCACUCAUCUCUGCCUCCUCAAAAUCAAAACACAGAAAACUACCACCCGGCCCUCGGUCAUUUCCAAUAACCAGAAACCUCUAUAUGCUAGGCAACCUCCCCCAUCGAAGCCUCCAACAAUUGGCCAAAAAAUAUGGACACAUCAUGUCCAUUCGUCUAGGCAAUGUUUCUACCAUAGUAGUCUCCUCCCCACAAGCCGCAGAGCUAUUCAUCAAAACCCAUGACACUAAUUUCGCCAGCCGGCCCAAAAUCCAAGCCUCAGAGUACCUAUCCUACGGCACAAAGGGCAUGGCCUUUUCCCAAUACGGUCCCUAUUGGCACCAUAUGAGGAAGCUCUGCAUGCUUCAUCUCUUCUGUCUAGCAAAAAUGGAAGUUUUCUCGCCGCUGCGAAAGGAGGAACUGGGAGUGCUGGUAAGAAAGCUGAAGAGAGCUGCAGAGGAAGGUGGAGUCAUGGAUGUUAGUGAGAAGAUUGGUGUGAUGAAUGAGGACAUAACGUAUAGGAUGGUGUUGGGUUGUAAAAGGGAUGAUAGGUUUAAUUUGAAAGCCAUUGUUGAGGAAACGCUUUUCUUGACUGGGGCUUUCAAUAUAGUUCAUUCCCUUGUUGCACUUGAUAUUCAGGGAUUGACCAAGCGCUUAAAGAAAGUUACCAAGAUGAUCGAUCAACUCCUGGAGAAGAUAAUAGACCAGCAUGAACAAGUUGCCAACACCAAGAGUGGGAAACAAGGCCAUGAGGACUUUGUAGACGUGUUGCUUUCGUUAACGAACCGACCGUUGAACCCGAAUGAUGAGCAAGUACACUUCCUUGAUCGAACAAAUGUGAAAGCCAUCUUAGUAGACAUGAUAACGGCGGCUUUUGAUACUUCGGCCACAUCGAUUGUUUGGAGCCUUGCCGAGCUCUUGAGGCAUCCAUGGAUCAUGAAGAAUCUCCAAGAAGAGAUCCAAAGUGUGGUUGGUAUGGACCGAAUGGUGGAAGAAUCUGAUUUGCCCAAGCUGGAUUACUUGAGUAUGGUGGUAAAGGAGAGCUUCAGACUACACCCAGUUGCACCGUUACUAGUCCCACAUGAAUCCAUCGAGGACAUUACCAUCGAUGGAUAUGACAUACCCAAGAAGUCGCGGAUCAUAGUAAACAUCUGGAGCAUUGGAAGAGAUCCUAAUGUUUGGUCAGAAAAUGUUGAGGAGUUUUAUCCUGAAAGGUUCAUGAACAGCAAUAUAGACCUCCGGGGACAUAACUUUCAGCUCAUCCCAUUUGGGUCUGGGCGAAGAGGGUGUCCGGGUAUGCAAUUAGGGCUAGCCACAGUUCGGCUAGUUCUGGCACAACUGGUUCAUUGCUUUAACUGGGAGCUCCCAAAUGGCUUGCUACCUCAAGACUUGGACAUGUCUGAGGAUUUCGGCUUAUCACUGUCAAAAGCCAAACACUUGCUUGCUAAGCCAACGUACCGUCUUAUGUAGGUUAUUUUUUCAAUGUAAUUUUUUGAUUAAGGAAUCUUAUGUAGUUUGUUGGAUCUCAACUGACAUUCAUCCAUAGUUUGUUAGAUCUCAACGAGCAUUCAUCCAUCUAUUAUUCUGCAGCUUAAAGAAAUGUGCGCAAAUGCAAUUAGUAUAAUGAUUUCAUCA